AUGAUCGUUGGUGGCUCUUUCAUGGUGUUGGUUAGCUUGGGGCUGCGACUUCAGGACAUCUCCCACUUUGUUUCCAAAGCUAUAUUCAAACACGUAAACAAAGACAAUCGGUUUAUGAUUUCGUGCAUCAACCCCCCCCCCCUCCAUUUUGGCUCAGCUCCUUACCAAAACUGUUCCGCGGCCCCUGCGUUCAACCAUUUUGCGAUUACGUAAGCAUGAUAAACUUGAUGGCGAGCAAAAACUCUGAUGCGUCGAUCAAGCAUGGAGCUCCAUGGAUCAAGUCUAGUGUCAAGGAACAACAUGAGUGGUGCGGAACUGAGGCAAAAAAGUGUGAAGGCCUGUACGUCCUCCAGCGUUGUGCAAAUAAACACGUGGUUAGAUUACAAGGCCCACAAAUAACAUACAAAGUUGAUGAGACUCUAUGAAAUAUCUCACACACUACUUCAACAAAAUACAGAGGGAAACGGCAUCUUCUUUGCACAUUAUCCGUCGAUAUUCGCUUUACGUAAACAGCUUUCAUAAUUGAUUCCAAUACGUUAUGGAUUCCGACUGGCAUGAUUUAUCAUCUUCGGAGGAUGGAACUGACAUAGAUGCUGCAUAUCUUCAUUAUAAAAUGCACGAGGGUUCAUCUGAAGGCUCUGACUCUGAACUGGAUGCUACAACACCUAAGAAGGCCAGACUAGAGGGACAUGGGGAUGAACUGGAUCCAUCAGAGCCAGUCACCACAAUAUCUGAACUCGAACCAGAAGGAAAUAUCGGGAAAUCUUCAAGGACAAGAAGGGGGCGAGGCAGAGGAAGAGGAAAGGGAAGGGGCAGGGGCAGAGGUAGAGGAAAGGCUAGGGGAACUGAGGCCAGUUCUAGUCACCAGGCUGUACUUCAAGAGAGCACUUUGGCUAGUAGUAGUACCGGCCGUCGUGGACGCCGAAGAGGCCAACGCAUUCAAAGCAGACACAGUGAGACUGAUGAGGACCAGGCGGGUCCUUCAGCACCUUUAACAGCGACCACCACACCAACCACCACAAUAACAACAUCCGUUCGACGUAAGGGAACCAGGAAAACAAAAAGUGCAGGUGGAAGGAAUAUAGGCCCACAAAAUCUACGGAGUAUCGAAUCGGAUGCAGACCGAAUCAACAACUUACGGGAAAAACGGAAACAGAAAAUGCAGGAUGACAUUUCGAAAAUGACCAGGCAGGAGAUAGAGAACCUACUCUUCAAAGCAAUAGAGCGAAGGCCAGGGAUCUUCCUUUAGAUGUAUCAAAUCAGUCUCAAAUUCCCAUACGUGAGACUGGACGAUGUUCCAGUGUCCUGGGAACGACGCUAGACUGGGGAAAAAGUUUUCACUACAAAAUGAAGGUCAUUUUGGUAUUCCAAAUGAUAACAGAUGAAGUGUGCUUGCUUCUACAAAGGGCUAUAUGGGUUGAUGCCUACAACCUUGAGGGUGAACCACAGGAGCCAGGAGAAGACAACAAGUGUAUGAGACAUGCCGCAUAUCGAAGCUUUAUUUUCUGGCAACAUGGUAAAUUAGGCCAGAGCAACAGAAGGGUAAUUCCCAGUUGCUGUGUAUUAGGAAUUCGUCGCAUGUACCCAAGCAUAAAUGGACACUACACUGGUUAUAUUCCUGGAAGAUUCGUUUAAUCAUGUCAUGCCUUCCACAUACCAGAAAACAAGGCUAUUAUCACGAACAAGAGAAUUGACACUUUUCAUACUCAGUUGUACCUGUAUUUUUUAAAUGUUGCCUUUUAUAAAAAAAGAUGUUCCUUACUGUAGGAUUUCCUUGACAGAAGACCAAAACAAUUAUUGGAUUCAUCAUUUUUCAAUCUCCCUGCUUUUAAAUUUCUAUCCCACCCCCAUCCUCUCUCUCUCUCUCUCAAACAAAAUCAAAUUUUUAGUGAUUUUAUGACUGAAAGAAAUGAAACAUGACAACUCUGAUGUUUUUUUUUCCUGAGAAAUCUUCAUGGGUUUAAUGUUGUUUUCUUCUUAUAUCAGUGUACAUUUUUCACUGUUUCAUCUAUUUACAAUCAACAUUGAAUAACAGUUACAUGUACUUCCCAAAAUAAUGAAGAUCAAAACAGAUGCCAGGUGCCAUAUCAAACUUAGCAUCUGGUCUAAAUAAAUAAGGCAUAACAACUACGGCAUAACACUGUAUGCAAUUGUAUUAUGGGAAACCAAGAAGAAGGUACAUGCAAUGGUUCUAGUUUUCUGAGCACAGGGGAAGAAUAUUUGCUAUAUACAUCGUACCAUUUGGAAUUGUUUGUAUUCCAAUCCCAUUGUAACUCAUUCUCCCAACCUCCACUAGAGUGUAUCAAUGUACAUACUUUAACGUUUUAAUUGCAAGUGUCGAUUACUAGCAGAAACAAUGAAUUGAGAAAUAAUAGGAUCAUACUUCACUUAUAACAGUUGCACACAAAUAUUACAGUAUGACCUCCAAUAUAACAAAUAUUUAUUGUAUUAACAAUGGGAUCACAAAUUGAUGAACCAUUGAUGAGCAUGCCAUACAAAAGCAAAAACAAUUAUCAAUGCAUUAUCUUGUGGUACUCUUGUAGUAAAGGACAUUAAUAUUUCGAGCAGUAAAAUGUGAUGAAUGUUGCUUUCGAAACAGUAGUAAGAAAAAUAUCAAAUGUAUUUACAUAUGUACAUGUAUGUAGGCAACUGCACUUUAAAAUAAAUGUGUUCAGUGAGAA